AGCGCUUCGAAGAAAAGAGACAUAUUAACGCCAGCAGGACUUUAAUUUCCUGACUUUUUACUCUUUAUUACACUUCUUUAAAAGUCAGCGUCAUUAAGUGAGGAUGCCUUUCCUCGGACAGGACUGGAGGUCACCGGGUCAGAGUUGGGUAAAAACCGAGGAGGGAUGGAAAAAGACAACAGCAGACGACAAAAACAACAACGUCUCCGUGGAGAGCUUCUGCAAAGCCGAGGAGGAGGAGUGUUUCAUCAAGGAGAACCUGCUGCUCUCUCUCAGCUAUGACAUGGCUGCCAAGAAGAGGAAAAAAGACCUAAUGAACAACAACAGCAAGGUCCCAUAUUUCCACCGGGAAAAGUGGAUUUAUGUUCAUAAAGGAAGUACCAAGGAGCGCCACGGAUAUUGUACACUGGGAGAGGCCUUCAACCGCUUAGAUUUCUGCAGCGCUAUCAAGGACACGAGGAGAUUUAAUUACGUCGUCAGACUCCUGGAGCUUAUCGCCAAGUCCCAGCUCCCCUCGCUCAGUGGAGUGGCGCAGAAAAACUACAUGAAUAUUCUGGAGAGAGUGGUACAGAAAGUCCUGGUCGACCAGCAGAACGUCCGUCCCAUCAAAGAGCUGCUGCAGACGCUCUAUGUCUCGCUGUGCGGUCUUGUUCAGGACAUGGGCAAGUCUGUGCUGGUGGGGAACAUCAACACGUGGGUGCACCGCAUGGAGAACAUCAUGCAGUGGCAACAUCAGCUGGACAACAUUCAGAUCAACAGGCCUAAAUCUACAGGCAUGACUCUGACUGACCUGCCUGCCAGCCUGCAGCUGAACAUCAUGGAGCGUCUGUCGGAUGGCAGGGACCUGGUCAGCCUGGGCCAAGUCUGUCCUGAACUGGGCGCCCUCACUGAGGACCGGCUGCUCUGGAAGAGACUCUGCCAGUAUCACUUCACAGACAGACAGAUCCGAAAGCGCCUGCUGGUGUCAGAUAAAGGUCACCUGGAGUGGAAGAAGAUGUACUUUAAGCUGAGCCGCUGCUAUCCUCACAGAGAGCAAUACAGUGACACCCUGCACUUCUGCACACACUGUCACAUCCUCUUCUGGAAGGACACAAACCAUCCCUGCACAGCCAACAACCCAGAAAGCUGCACUAUGGCCCUCUACCCUCAAGACUUUAUUAACCUUUUCAACUUCUGAUUCCCCCCCCC